GAGGGUAUAGAGAGGGAGGAGAUAGAGAAAGAGGGAGACACCGGCGGACCACGUCAAAAGCGAAGGAGAGGAAAAGGGGUGCGCGGGAGGAAGAUAACUGUAAUGAUCGCAUUCAUUUAGAAAGUGUGCUUUUACUGACUUAUAUCCGGCAUUCGCGUCUGGGAGUUCUGUGAUUAAACUGCGGUUUGAGACACGAAAUCCGUUUUAGGGACAGUAGCAGGUUGAUUCGGAGUUAGAUGGGGAAGUCGUGACCGGGGGCGGGGGGGGCUGAGUUGUAGUAACGGAACCGUGGGAAGGGACAGAGUCUUGGACCUAUCAACAUCACCAGCAUCCCUUGGGUGUGUGUGUGUGAGAGAGUGUGUGUGUGUGUGUGUGUGUGUGGGAUAGAGGGGUGUCUCUCACGGGCUGUGGAUAACCCAAACAAGUGCAGCCACUGGACCAGAAUCACCACCGAAUUUCAACGGGGCGAAAGAGAACCCCCAGGCACCAGAGAAGUGUUGGCCUCCUAUCUGGCCCCAGUUCCCCGGCACCUGCGCUCUCUCCGCCCGCUGGUCCAGUCCUGAACCCCAGUGCGCGUCGCUCUGCACCGCCGUCGCAAUGAAGGAGCCCGACGCAAUUAAACUCUUCAUCGGACAGAUUCCACGGAAUCUGGAGGAGAAGGACCUGAAGCCGAUCUUUGAGCAGUUUGGGAAGAUCUACGAACUGACGGUGAUAAAGGACAAAUACACCGGCAUGCAUAAAGGAUGUGCCUUCCUGACAUAUUGUGCCCGGGAGUCAGCCCUCAAGGCCCAGAGUGCCCUGCACGAGCAGAAGACCCUGCCAGGGAUGAACCGACCCAUUCAGGUCAAGCCAGCUGACAGCGAGGGGAGAGGGGAGGACAGGAAGUUGUUUGUAGGGAUGCUGGGAAAACAGCAGUCCGAUGAGGACGUCAAGAAGUUGUUUGAGCCCUUCGGCACUAUCGACGAGUGUACUGUGCUGAGGGGGCCCGACGGCACCAGCAAAGGCUGUGCGUUUGUGAAGUACCAGAGCCAUACAGAAGCUCAGGCUGCCAUCAAUAGUCUCCAUGGGAGUCGCACUCUCCCAGGUGCAUCUUCUAGUCUGGUGGUGAAGUUUGCAGACACAGAGAAGGAGAGGGGGUUGAGGCGGAUGCAGCAGGUUGCCUCACAGCUCGGGAUCUUCAGUCCAAUGAGUCUCAACUUUGGAGCAUACAACGCAUACACACAAGCAGUCCAGCAACAAGCCCUGGUGGCUCAGUCCGCAUACCUGUCACCCGUAGCGACGGUUGCCGCAGUACAGAUGCAGCAGAUGGCCGCACUGAAUGCCAACGGCAUCAUCGCCACACCCAUCACCUCCAUCACCUCAUCGUCCGGCACCAAUACUCCUCCCACUAUUGCAGCCCCACCUGUCUCAGCUAUGCCUCCACAAAUCGGCGUCAAUGGCUACAGUACUGUGCACUCGCAAACCAAUGGGCACCCUCCAUCUGAAACCAUUUACACCAAUGGCGUGCAUCCAUACCAAGCCCAGAGUCCAGUAGGAGCUCUGGACCCUCUCCAGCAGGCCUACGCAGGCAUGCAGCACUACACAGCGGCGUACCCUGCUGCGUACGGAUUGGUUGGGCAGCCGUUUCCACAGCAACCCACCCUGGUUGCCCAGCAACACCAGCAGCCCCAGCAACAGCAGCAGCGAGAAGGUCCUGAGGGGUGUAACAUCUUUAUCUACCAUCUGCCUCAGGAGUUCACCGACUCUGAGAUGCUGCAGAUGUUUCUGCCCUUCGGGAAUGUCAUCUCUGCCAAGGUGUUUGUGGACCGCGCCACCAAUCAGAGCAAGUGCUUCGGCUUUGUAAGCUUUGAUAAUCCAGGAAGUGCACAGACGGCAAUCCAGGCCAUGAAUGGCUUCCAGAUCGGCAUGAAGAGACUCAAGGUGCAGCUGAAGCGGCCCAAAGACGCCAACCGACCGUACUGAUGGACGAAUCAGAGGAAAGACAGGAGCAGAGGAAGAGGCUUGGCAGGUGAAGACUGGGCAGUAAAGAUGUCUCCUCCUCAGCCGUGCAGAGUGGAAGCUACACAACUACGCAAACGUGACACACAAUCGUUUGUUAUCAUGUACAGCAUUAGAUGUGCUCACACACACAUGCACAUGCAUACACACACACGUACACAUACUUACACACUCUCACACACAGACCUACACAUGACUGCACAUCCAAACAUACCCAGACAAACACCUCAAAGGGAAACAUAUCUGUUUAGAAGAUACUGUAAAUAAAUCAAAUUAAUGACACAUGCCUACGCACACACACACAAAUGCGGAUGUGCGUGCACACACAAACACACACACAGAUCAUCUAACCUAUUAACUGUGGUGGGUCUGACAAGUUGGAGAUGUGGCAGUUGAUGAAGUAACAUUAAAAGAAUCUCAUGGACCAAUGAUUGGGGGAGAAACACUGGAAGAAACAGAAGUAUGGAGGGAGGCCCCACUCUUACCGACUAUCAAAACAGGGCCUUUCCUAUACAGUAGAAAAGAAAAGAAAGAAAAAGUUUAAAAAAAAUCAAGUAGAGUAGAGAGGCUUCAGAUAAUGAUUAUCAAGUGUAUAUAAUUUAGUUUAAGAGGAAUAGAGGCAGAAACAAAACAAAUGCAAAAUAAAACUACUUUACAUGAAACUGAUUAAAUCACACUAUAACACAAUUAUUAUUAUUAUUAUGAUGAUGAUGAUUAUUAUUAUUACUCUUAUAAUUCCUAUUAUCUGCAUCAUCAUUGGAUUUAUGAUUAAAAGUGAUGAUGGCAUUAAUAGAUUUUAAAUUUCUACUUUUUCCUGAAAUGGGUGUGGGGUGGCCUGGGGGACUUUGGGGGGAAGUUUUAAUAUUUAAACUAUUUUUAUUUAUUAAUUCAUUUAUCAGUUAAUUUUUGGUAAAGGGCAGGGACUACUGAGGGUGUGUGUGGGAUGCAAUUUUUUGAUUUUAGAAUUUUUUAGAGAAAUCCUUUGAAAGUUUGAAAAAUUCAGACUUUGGACCUUGGUAAUUAUUAUAAUUAUGAACUAUGAUGAUAUUUAUUUCUUAUUUAUUGAUUCCAUUUUUAAUCCAAUCUGUUUUUAAGUUAAAAUAAAAAAAAUACAAUGCAA